CCCUCCUUCGCUGGCGAUUCGACCAGCUGUGUGUACGGUUUACAGCGGGUUUCUCCCCCCCAGUAGGCCUACAUCGCUUUUCUCUGCGGCGACGACCUCGUCGACGCUGCGCAGUCUCCUCGUUGUCGGGGGAAAAAGAAAAGCCCGAGCCCCCGACGACAUUUUUCUUCUGCUCCGCGCCUGUCGUCUGGACGUCGUCUCGCCUUGGGCUAAACCUAAGUUUUGCUGCUGCGAGGGCGCGGCUGGGGCUGCUUUGCCUACUACCACCGGCCGACAGCGCUUGGAAAACACGUCCCCGCGCCGCGACCGUGCUCGGCAAUGCUCAAGCGUAGGAAAUCGGAUUACCUGUUCAAGUUCCUGGUGAUCGGCAGCGCGGGAACGGGGAAGUCAUGUCUUCUCCACCAGUUCAUUGAAAACAAGUUCAAAGCAGAGUCGAACCACACCAUCGGUGUCGAGUUUGGCUCCAAGGUGGUGAAUGUUGGCGGCCGGUCCGUCAAGCUGCAGAUUUGGGACACUGCCGGCCAGGAACGAUUCAGGUCUGUGACCAGGAGCUACUACCGAGGAGCUGCGGGUGCCUUGCUGGUGUACGACAUCACGAGUCGGGAGACGUACAAUGCCCUGACGAACUGGCUCACGGAUGCGCGCACUCUGGCAAGCCCCAACAUCGUCAUUCUGCUCGUGGGAAACAAGAAGGACUUGGAGGAUGACCGCGAGGUCACCUUUCUCGAGGCGAGCCGGUUUGCCCAGGAGAACGAGCUCAUGUUCCUGGAGACCAGUGCCCUUACGGGCGAAAACGUGGAGGAGGCGUUUCUCAAGUGUGCAAAGACAAUACUGGCCAAGAUCGAGUCUGGUGAGCUAGACCCCGAGCGCAUCGGGUCGGGGAUCCAGUACGGCGAGGCAACGUUGCGCAAGCUGAACCGCUCGCAGCAGCAAAGGCGCCCAGGUGCAGAGUGUUCCUGCUGAUGUCAAGAUGUGACCCGCUUUUGUUCCGCGAUGCCUGUCAUCUGCCCCCCUUCUCAACACGGGGGCGCACUUUUCUCUGCACACCCUCGGGAGGACAAAGGCUGCAAGCUGCUGCUGCGGCAUGCACCGCAGCAUCCUUUGUUUGCCGAUUCUCAAGUGUCUCCCGCUAUCCUGUCUCUCUUUUUUUUUUUUUACCCUCGUCUCGUCUCAUGUUCUUGAUUACGAGCUGUCUUCCUCAUUCGUCUCUGUUGUGGUGUGUCUUUUUGCUUUUAGCCCCUGAGGAGUACCCGCUUCCCUGCCCUUUCUCUUUCUGAUGAAAGCAUACGCUCAGAAGAGCCGUGGAAGAUUAUACUGGGAGGACUAGGAGACUAUUUUUCUUUCCCUUUAAACGGACAUUUUGCUCAUACCGCUAGGGUUGUUCUUUUUUAGUGCAUUUAUGUUUGCGUCGGGCUGUGUCUGCACGUCUACAAAGCUUUCCUGAACUGGACCUGUUUCCGAUGUGGCUGAUUUAGCCGUUGCAGCACCAGGUCUCCGUUCCAACCAGUCUGAUGACCGCUUAGUGUGCGACUUCCAAGAGUGCCACGCAUUAAUAUGGUGAAGUGAAGCACAUCAGGAAUUUGAAGAGAGCUUUGAUUUGAGUGCAACUACGCUAAUCUAUGAUCCCCCACCUGCACUUUUCUUUCUUUCUUUUCCUUUUUUUUUCUGACUUUUCGUAAUCGAGUGUAGAAUUAGGAGUUAUGUCUUUCAUGGCCAUUUUUAAGAGUUACACAAUCCACAUACUGAACCACUUUCGUCUGUAAAAUGUGGAGGCUUUUUUUUUUUUUUUUUCAUAUGUUUGUGACAUUCACGUUGGUGGUGCAUCUACAUUGUGGUACUAGGUGUUGUCAGGUGCAGUUCUCAGGGGCGGCCAGGUGGGAAAGCUUGUGGUUUUCGUGUCAGGGAGUUUGUUGGUUUACCCCGUCUGGCAUGCCAUCAUUGGCUGGGAUGUUUUUUUACAGGCGAAGCCUGGAUUGAGAUCUGCGAGAUUCGUACUUUGGCAACUUUUGUCCUAGGUUUGUGCGGGGCUCUUAAACUUUUAGCAAGUCCUGCUUGGGAGCAUUCGCACAAACAUCGGAAGGGUUGCACGCCAUUGUACACUAUAGCCUUGUUUAAGCUUUGUUGGGAGCAACAUAUCAGUGGAUGAGAAGAGAGAGUGUCUUGUCCCAAAGAUGAUGCGGAGGUGUUCGGUCAAGUCCAUCUGAUUGUGCUUUUGUUCUCGCUGUGUGCUGUUUUUGCAAGUCCAGCAACGGUCACUUUGCAGUAAACGGGUGGAACACUUUUCUUUUGCGACGAGUUUCGGGAGCUUGCUGGUAAAUGGAUGACAGGCUUUCAGUGGAAGCAAUCAAAGAGGAAUUGAAGGGCACAUGGGAGACCAGGACCAAGAAAGCUUAAAUCCUAAACGAUGGAGGUGCUGGUCACUGUGGAAAAGCGAUUCAAUGUAGUUUCAAGUCACUGGAAGAGAAUGGCUGGACAGUUAGUUCCCGUAGCUUAUGUUUGUCUAGUCAGAUAGUCCCUCUCACUUCUUUUUUUCCUUGUUCCACUAAAGGCAAGUGUUGUCGAGUCUGAUAACUCCUCGCUUUGCUGCUGCCAAUAACGCAGACAUCGGCAACGAAAGCUGUGAGCAUCUUCUUUAUAAAUUUCUGUCUGCACUUCACUUGGGACAUGUGCAUCCGCCUGUGGCUUCUGAAUGCUCUGUAUUUAUUUUACAAUGUAGAUCUGUAUGUGUGUGUGUGCUUUUUUUUUUUUAAUCAAGCCUACGCCGUUUGUCCUGCAAGGACGGCCUGAAGCUGUUGGAAGCACAUGUACCACGUGAGAGUUUGACCUGGAAGCACUCUCGUUCUAUCCUUGUGUGGGUUUCUCAAGUUUCACGUGCUGUGCGAGUAAUUGCCAUCGUUUGUUUGGUGAAAGCAGUGACAUGUAAUUCCGCUCGCCUUUAUUAUCGAAGCUUACUCUUUUAAACAUUCCAUCUGGCUGAAGUGCGGGCACUCCCUUUCCUUCAGUUUUCAUGCUUGAUCGCCUUGAGAAAUGUAAGCAAUGUAAUGUGUGCAAUAACGUAGAGACUCGCUCUCGGGGGUGUUUGUGGGGCUGCCGGAUGUGCCACAGUUUUCUAGCCCACUGAGCAACUUGGUGCACAUUUUGUCCCGACUGAAAAAGGACAAUGUGCUGGAGUUGGGGGGAGAAGAAAAAAAAAUGUUGCCUUGGAGUUUUAGGAGCUCAACAUCUUUAGUGUAGUUACGAAAGCAUGGCGUCUGUAAGAGGGACGGAAAAAUUAAACAGAAGAAAAAAAAAAAGUAGUGCAAAUUUUGCCAUGUGCAUGCUUUGCCUAGCAGUAGCUUUUGCCGCUGCAGAAUGACAGGAAAGCUUCUGCAGCCAAAGUGACGCAGCAUCACGAAGGCUCUUGCAAGACUGCUUGCCAGCGCAGAUUAGCCAUUGCGUCGGCCAGUUUAGCUCCGAAGCUAGCUGCUGUUAAUCCAUCCAAGCAUGAUUCGACUGCGCAUCUAAGAAGCUCCUAAAGCCUUCCAUGACUGGCAUGUAAAGCUACGCAAGGCCAAUACAAUCGGGAACUCGGCUCUAGGUUCUUGGUUAUGAAAACGGCCCUGGAGACACUUUCAGGAGUCUUCACAAAAGUGAAUGAUAAAGGACCCUGCUACAAAAUAUUAAACCAGAGGCAAAUUUAAACAUUCGCUGAAUUGCAAGAUGAAGAAAGAAGAAAAAGCCCUGCAACUUCUAUAGAUCAUAGCCGCAUGAAAAGAGGCCAAGUAUGCAAAAAAACAUGCAAGAUUUGUAAUGUCUCACUGUUUCUGCUAUGGUUGCUGUUUUGGGUGUGGAAAUUCCGAAGGGAAAGCUUCACCCUAACAAGCAUCUGGGCUUUUCCUUUCUCCUGUUAUACUCCAUCUCCCUGCAGAACAAGUGUCGAGAAAGUUAAAAAAGCAUAUUCUACCAGUUUUGUCCGCCAUUCCACCAGCGUCCGUUUGAAAGCACAAUUCUCGAAUCUGGCGGCAGAUAUUUCACAAACAUUCGAGACUGCAAACAUUGCUGAACACUGCUUUUGCAAGAGAACCUUCCUGGUGUCUGCGCGCCAUGAAUUCCUCGCAUUAAUUUCGUUCUAAGCGCACUCGUUUAGCGUGAAGGUGCACGUUGCUCCCUCCUCCCACCCCUCCCGCACAUGCGCGCACACACACACACACAUUGCAUUUACACAUGGCCGAGCACAUGUUUACACGAGGUGUCUCUAACCAAUGUACUACAGCCGCUGCACAACAACUUUGGUUGUGAUCGAUAGUGUGCCUCCUUACUGUGAUUUGGUUUUCGGCUCAUGUAAACCACAAUGUCAUGUAUCUUCCUUUUUUUUCCCCUUCAAGUUCAUGUAUCGUCGAACGACGUUUGGCGGGUGCGCUCUUUGAGUGUUAUGUUCUCGGUACUUGGGUACAAGAAGCAGUCAUUGUUAAGGCUACCAGUGUUAUUUUCGAGCCUCUCGUCAACACGCGUACACACUUUAAUAUAUACAUAUUAUAUAUACAACAGACAUUAAAUAUAUAUAUAUAUAGGUAGCAGCUGACAUUCUGUAUAUAAGAUUUAUCUUUUAAUAAAAUGAUGCAGCAGUUCAGAAAUA